UGAAACACACUUUAUAUCUGCCACUGCAAAUAGCAAAGGAUUUCACUACGCAUCCAUUCGCAACUGUCAUAGACUAACAUCAACUGCGGUUACCCAGCUAUCCAUGAGAUCAACCAUCUUUGGCUAAAAUGAAUUUUCUACGUAACCGUCUUGUUGUGCUGGGCCUGGUGUUGCUGGCCACUGUUCUGUUGUACCUGCUACUGCCGUCCAUUCGUCAGGGCAGCAUGGAGCCUUCGCUGGAUGUCCAGAGGAUGGGCCUGGUGGCUGUCUCUCCUCCUCCGCCUCCUGCCAUCAACGUGUCCGUACGCACAGGGCAGCUACCCGGGGACCCUCCACUCUUCUUCAGGGAAGCUUUGCCGGUCGAUGGAUCUGGUAGGCAGAUACUGCCCAGGCUGCAAGUGGUCCUUCUCCAUGGCCAAGCUUUCUCUUCCAAAACCUGGGAGGAACUGGGCACCCUGGCCUUGCUGGCCACAAACGGAUACCAGGCCUUGGCUGUGGACCUACCAGGAUUUGGGAACUCUCCAGACUCGGAUGCUGUGAAGACAGACCAGCAUCGGGUGGACCUUCUGGGGAGGUUUAUGGAGGCUUUGGGCGUGAGGACAGCGGUGCUGCUCAGCCCCUCUAUGAGCGGCCACUACUCCAUCCCCUUCCUCAUGAAACACAGUGCCCAGCUGCACGGCUUCAUCCCCAUAGCCCCAGUAGGAACCCGCAGCUACACCCCUCAGCAGUACCAGGGCAUCCAGACUCCUACUCUGAUUGUGUUUGGAGCGCUGGACACCAACCUGGGGGCCCAGUCCCACAAGAAUCUCAUGCAGCUCCCACACCACUCAGUCCUGAAGAUGGAGGGGGCGCGCCAUGCCUGCUACAUGGACAAACCUUGGGAGUUCCACCAAGCACUGUUGGACUUUCUCAGCAAACUGGAGUGAGAGGGGGAGGAGGAAGAUAGAUAGAGGGAAGGAAAGAAGAGAUGAACAGGAUUGUGUUUGCGUGGAAGUGGAGAAAUUAUACACAAAUAAGACAAAGGGAAAGUAGACCUCUGGGAUAAUAGGGCAAAGGCUGCUUUUGAUAUUACAAAUUACCCCGGGCCCCCUAGCCACCCUGGUUAGAGUGGCUUACCCCAGGCCCUUAGCCACCCUGGUAGAGUGGCUUACCCCAGGCCCUUAGCCACCCUGGUAGAGUGGCUUACCCCAGGCCCUUAGCCACCCUUGUAGAGUGGUUA